AAGUUCUGUCUGUUAAAACUCCCGCAGCUGAAUCCCACUCCCUGACAGUCCGCCCCGCCGAGCUCCAGUCCAGUGUUAUAACGUCUUUUAGCAAAAGAAAAUGAGCGACAAAGGUCUGUCAGACGAGGCAACAAUCGCAGCUUGUAAAGAUGGAGACCCAAUAACCAAGGAUUUCAUGAUGCAGCAGACUAUGCUGCGGAUUAAAGAUCCAGUUAAAUCCUUGGAUUUCUACACCAGAAUCCUCGGCAUGACGCUCCUGCAAAAGUUUGACUUCCCCUCCAUGCAUUUCUCGCUCUUCUUCCUGGGCUAUGAGGACAAGAAGGAGAUUCCUACAGAUGUGACGGAGAGAACGGCCUGGACCUUUUCCAGAAGGGCCACCAUUGAGCUGACACAUAACUGGGGCUCUGAGACUGAUGAGAACCAAUCUUAUCACAACGGAAACUCUGAUCCUCGUGGCUUUGGACACAUUGGAAUUGCAGUUCCUGACGUCAAUGCAGCCUGUAAACUGUUUGAAGAACAAGGAGUCACAUUUGUCAAGAAGCCAGAUGAUGGUAAAAUGAAAGGCUUGGCCUUCAUUCAGGACCCUGAUGGCUACUGGAUUGAGAUCCUGAGUCCUAACAAUAUGUCGUCCAUAACUUCCACCUAAAAACUGACAACAUGCUACCUGCUGCGGUACACAUAGGCCAGACCUGCUGUGGCUUUACUGGGAGAGCAGAAUGUUGAGGUUUAGUGAUGAAUUUAGCAACCUGCGCCGGAGAGCUGAGGGAAAAUGGAGCAAGAUCAGUUGCACAAUGGCAAUCAGUGUGGCCUGGCAUGGGCUGGACUAAUACUGGACAGUUGAUAAGCAAGUAAAUUAGAUACCUGAGUUAUUGCUAGAAAUAGCAACUACUUGGUGUAGCUGUUGAGUUUAUCUGCCAUCAUCAGUUUGUGUUUUCAAAAAGUGACGCUGAAAUAAAGUGGUAUUACUGUGUAAUAAAUAUGAAAGCCACCGUUCAAAUGAAA